UGACACAAGGAAGGGACAGAGAGAGAGACAUGUUAACAUUUAAACCGUUUAGGACUCUUUAGUCUAGGGAACAUGAUAAUCAUGUAUCAUCUCUUAAAAAGUAUAUUAUUUAAAGUAUAACUAUAGUAUUCAAACAAAUAAACUGAUCAGGUACAAGGAAGAUGGACGCAAACUUUACGGAAAUAUUAGAAGAAUUUAUGGGAAGUGCACUUGUUACAUGGGUGCAUCUCUUCAAGGGUAUUGUCGAUGAGGAGAAUGUAUCAUUCUCACAAGACUACAUGGAAGUGAACUCGAAUUCCCAGAAUGCACUGAGGGAGUACCUACAACUUACCAAUGGAGUCUACCUCAAUGAACUUAUGAGAAUUAUUGAUCCCAAUCCAAAGGUAGAGCAAAUGUACCAUAAUGUGGGUGGGGACAAUAUGCUAAGAGUCCAGAACUUUUCCAUUCUCAAUCGACAUCUGAGAUCAUACUACCAGGAGAAUCUACAACAGCUGGUGCUGAUGCCUCUACCAAAUGUUGCUGUUUUGGGUCGAGAUCCUCUGACAGAGGGGGCUGUUGUGGAGCUCAGGAGACUGCUACUGUUAUUGCUGGGUUGUGCUGUACAGUGUGAAAGGAAGGAAACUUUCAUUCAACAAAUUCAAUGCUUGGACAUUGACACACAGACAGAGAUUGCACAUUGCAUACAACAGAUAACCCAGGACCCGAGUGCAGUGCUGCCCCUGGAGUUUGGAGACAUGUGUGGCCUCAGCGGAGCACAGCUGCAAAGCCUAUUUUGCUCUAUGGCCAGACAAAUUCAGAACCUGCAUGUACAAAGAGACACGCACUUGGAGAAGAUAGCAGAGCUUUAUCAACAACAGGAAUCAAAUACAUCCCAUAUAACCACGUCUAGCGGGUUUGGUGAUGGGGCACCAGAGGGACUGGCGGUGCAGCUGGCAGACAGCAAGGCCAAACUUCGUCGACUCAAACAGGAACUGGAGGACAAAUGUGAUCAGUUGUUGGACUGCAAGCAAGAAAUGCAAACUUUGGAGGAAGAGAUAAAGAAACUGCAGAAAGAAAACCGAGCACUGCAGGUUGAAUCGCGUGCGAGUCGUGGCCUAAAGGAUGAAUUGGAUUGUCUGCGUGAGCGCGCAGCCAGAGUGGAGCAGCUGCAGGUGGAGCUGAAAAAUUCCACACAUCGACUGCGCAGCAUGGACCUGUACCGCACGCAGCUUAAGGAGCAGCAGCAGUAUUGUGCCUCGCUGCAGGAAAAUAAAGCUUUGCUGGAGGAGCAGCUCGCUGAUGCCCGCACACGCUGCACUGCCCUGCGCGAACUGGAGAAAGAAAAUCUUCUUCUCAGGCAGAAACUUGUGGAUAUGGAGAGCGAGCGAGAUGUGGAGAGACAGAGGGUGGAUGAGAUGUUGGAGAUGAAUAUGAGUCUGCAGGUGGAUCUUCAGCGUCAGGUUCAUUCUGUGGGUGCCCCUCCGACUGUGACUCAUCAUCAUUUCCUCCAAUCAGAGUUUGAAUCCGACGAGGAAAUUCAUGAGAUGAACAUUCCUGAGAUCGAUCUAAAGCCACUAAGUGAGGAGGUAAAUGAGGCGUCCUCACUGAGGCUUCUGGGAGCUGAAAAUGAGAACGCUGAACUGAGAAGACGACUAGAGCGCCUGCAGGCUGAACAGGAGGCUCAACACAGGAACUCCCCGGAGGUGACGGAGGAUCUCCAGAAACGGACAGAGAAACUUUCACAAGAGCUUCAAAGCACAAGCAGAGAGCUGGAGCGUCUUAAGAAUGAAAAUGCCAGCUUAAAGAUAAGUCUCGAAGAACUGAGGACUAAACAGAAACAAGAGGACCUAGAGGAAGACAGAAGAGACUCGGAGGGAAAAGAAGAGAGAAAGCUAAUAAUCCCAAGAGGAGAAUGUGAAGGGAAAGACACAAGAAAAGACAGACAGGAUGGAAAAGAAGAAAUAAUAAAAACCUUCAGAGAGGAUGGAGAGGGGGGAGAGGCGGGCGACGUAAUCCUGAGUGAGAGAAAAAAGAAGGUUAGAGAUGAAAUGAAAACCAGAGAGAGAGGAGAGGCUGAGGGUGAGAAGGAAAUUCAGAAGAAAGACAUCACAGUGGAGAUAUCUCAGCACAGCGGUGACACCCAAGAAACCUCACAGAAAGAGACAGGCGAAGAUAAAUUCUCCCAGGACACUCUUGACCUGCAUAACCAGCUUCAACACGCCCUGGAAGAGGUUGACAGACAGGCAGCUCUGGCCCAGGAUCUGCGCACAAGACUGGCAGAGCAGAGUAAGAAAGUCUUGGAGGCUGAGCAUAAGAUGGUUUUCAUGGAGGCUGAAAACCAUAGGUUGAAGAAGGCUGCCGAAACCCUAACAGAAGCUAGGAAACAGAUAGAGGGGCUGCAGGGCGAGUCCAUGCAGCAGGAAGAGGAACUAAUGCGUCUACGGAGUCAGGUGGAGCUUCAGAAGAUGGAGGCCGCAGUGAUCGCUCAGUUAGAGGGAGACAGAGCCGCCCUGGAAAGAGAGCGAGAGACGCUUAAAGCCACUAUAGACUCGCUCAGAGCAGCAGUACGCAAAGGUGAUCAGUUGGAGCUGACCAACCAAAACCUUAAGUCUGAACUUGAAAGGUUGGGGAGAAGCUUGGAGUCUGCCAGGCGUCGCGAGGAAGAGUUAGAAGCCGAACUUCGGGAUUCUAGCUUGGAGGCUGAGUCUCUGACUAGGGGACGGGAAGAAGCUCUUUUGGAAGUCACGCGAUUGGAGCAUGAGAAGGAGGCGUGUCAGGCGGAGAUGGACGUGCAACGACGCGAGCAAAGGCAAAGAGAAAGAGAGAUGGCCAGACUCAGACAGCAGUUGGAAAGCACUACGUCUGCCUUGGAGCACGGUAACCAAAGAGCCUGCAGUCUAGAGGCACAAAACAGGCGAAUAUGUCAGGAGCUUUCUCAGUUGAAAGAUACAUGCACACAAUUAGAAGAGCUGCAAAAGGAAAAUCAAGAGCUUAGUGCAUCCAAUGCUGAACGCAAGGCCCAGAUCGACUCUCUGACAAAGGAACUGGCCAAUGAAAAGGCCCAGACCGAAGAAUUGUCCGGUCAAGUCACACAGCUGAGACUCACAAUUGAAGAGUUGCAGAGCAAACUUGAAACGGCAGCUACGCAACAGCACCAAUCUGCUUCGGAUGCCACUUUGUCGCCGUGUGACCCACAGCAGAUAAAAACGUCUGUAUCAGACACACAGUCUUUGCAGCUGACAGCCGACCCACAGGAGACCACUGUCAAAACUGUAGAUAAGGUUGACCUCAACCAGGUCUCCGACUCUACAGGCUGUCUCGAAGACACAGAGAACAAACAGCCUCGUACAACGGCAGGAAGCCAGGAGGCUUUGAGUCACAGACUGAUAAAUAUAGAGAGGGAGAAUGCAAUGCUGCAGCGUGAACGAGAGGUUUUGUUAGCUCAGUUGACUCAGUCUCAGUCAGCCUGCGCUCAGCUCAGAGAGCAGUUGGACGCCCUGCAGCGUCACUCCAUCUCGCUUCAAGAAAACGGUGUUAAAUUACAGGCCCUCAACACCAAACUACAGGUGGAACAAGCGUCCCUGAGCUCCGAGCAUGCGUCCGUGCUGGCGCGUUGCAGCGAGAGCGAACUUCGCUGCGCGGCUCUGGAGACGGAAUCGAGGGUGUGGCUGAAGGAGAAGGAGGAGGCGGUCAUGCGUCUGGAGGCUUUAAGGCGGGACCACGAAAGACUGACAGCUCUACAGCAGAGACAGGAGGCGGAGCUAGAAGAGUUGCUGGUUAAACACAGUCAGCUGAAAAGCAGCAGUCGCAAUCUGGAAGCUCAAUAUAAAGACGUCGAGGUCAGAUACAAGAAGCUGUUAGAUCGAAAGGCUCAGCUGGAGGAGGCUGAAGAAUCGAUGCGCGUGGAGAGAGAGAAAAUGGAGAGACUGACACAGGGGCAGUUGGAGAGCGAGAGAGAGCUGGAGAGACUGAGAAUGGACAAUGAAAGAUACCAGAGCCUACAGAAAGAGUGGAUUCAGCUACAGUCGGAGCUGUUGGCUCAGAGUUCAGUUCUGCGGGCGGAGAUGAGCGCCGCUCAGCUUGAACGAACCAAACUGGAGGGAGAACUCAAUACACUUAAAGAACAGAACCAACAGCUGGACCUUAACAAUGUUCGUCUUAGCAGCCAGUCUCAGCUCCUUACCCAAUUGAAGGCAAACAUGGAAGAGGAGAACCGACAUCUAGUAGAGCAAAACCAGAAUCUAGCCAAAGAGAACAAAGCUUUGCUUGAGAGCAGUUUGGAGAGCAGAGACCAACAUCACAACCAGCAGAGAGAAUACCUUGAUAAGCUCAAUGAACUGCGCAGAGAGAAGCAGAAGCUGGUGGAGAAGAUAAUGGAUCAGUAUCGAGUUCUGGAGCCCGGUCUGCCCGGCAUGUGUACACCCAAACAACCAAAGAAGUCGAACUGGAUUGCGGACCGCAUGAAGAAGCUGAUAAAGCCAAAAGGUGGAAGCAAGGAGGGUCGUGCUCUUUUUGUUGCUGCCGGCAGUAUAGAGAACCUCGCGGAUGCCGUGGACGGACCGCCCGGUUCUCCGACUCCAUUGUCCGUGCAUGACCCCAUCAGUGCUCCAGUUUCCCCAAGUAUACUAAGAAGAGCUUCAGCCCAGGCUGAAUCAGAAGACCAAUCUAAGGCGAAUCUUCGCUCUGGUCGGCGCAAGCUGGGCUCCAGGCACGGCUGGGCUAUUGGGAGGGGCAGAGGUGUUUCCCAGUCCUUCAGUCCCGGCGACCAGCAUACACAACCUCGCAUUCGCCUGCGCUCAUCCCAACCUACAGCCGGAGCCCUGUGGGAACAUGACGGCAGUCCUACACCCAGCCAUGACAGUGAAGAGGGGAGAGUUGAGAGCGAGGAAAGCAUCUCGGCUGAGCACUCGGAUGUUAGUCGUGUGUCAUCAGGAGCUGAAGACUUUCACUCCAGUUUUGACAAGCCACAAGACUUCCUAGAGAAAUCUUAAUUUGUUAAUGUAUAUAUUUUUUUAUCUAUAGGAUGUAACACAUACACAACUAUAACAUACACAAUUUUGUAUACUCUUAUAUGUCAUGAUAAAACAGGACAAUCGACACAGGAAAAUAUUUACAUAUUGUGAAAAAUAAAUGAAUUUAUAUCAAA